CAUUUUGAGCUUUGUACCUAGAGGCUUGUGUAAGAUAUUUUAUAGUGUUGGUGGGGUAGGCGAGGCCGCGAUCGGCCAGUUCUUGGCAACCAUCAUCAUCCGCGAAAUUUAUGACUUUUGAGCGUUGAAGUUUUUCUAUGUUUUAACCUUUCCUUCAUCUUGCAUGCAGCAUAGAUCUGUCCACCAUGUCAAGUGCCAGAACUGUUUCGCUCGCCAUCCGACGCGUGCGACUCUCAAGAAUAAAGACGGACAAUUUUCGUCCCAACUUUCACAAUGUCUCGUCAUUGCGCUUUAGCACCUCCACAUUCAUCAGAGCUCAAGAGAUAUCAGUCACCGCAGCGGGCCCCAAGAAACAUUCCAAAUACACUACAGACGCAUAUCCAAACUUAAAACGAAAUCCCAAUUUCUCCCACCUCACCAACGCUCACGUUCAGCACUUUAAAACCCUCCUCAAAUCCCCAUCCGCGGUUAUCGAUGGCUUCACGGCAGAGGCGACGGACGAUAUCGAACCGUUCAAUUGCGAUUGGAUGCGUAAAUAUCGGGGACAUGCGAAGCUGGUGCUGAAACCGCAGAAUACCAAGGAGAUGAGCGAGGUGCUGAAGUACUGCAAUGAUAAUACAUUAGCUGUCGUGCCUCAGGGCGGUAAUACAGGGCUGGUCGGAGGAGGUGUGCCUGUGUUUGAUGAGGUUAUCAUCAGCACGGCGCGGAUGAAUAAUAUCCGGUCCUUCGAUGAAAACUCGGGCGUUCUGGUGGUUGAUGCUGGUGUGAUUCUCGAAGUGGCUGAUAAAUAUCUUGCGGAGCGGAAUCAUCUUUUCCCCCUUGACUUGGGGGCGAAGGGGUCUUGUCAUAUCGGGGGAAAUGUUGCGACUAAUGCUGGAGGUCUACGACUGCUACGUUAUGGCAGUUUGCAUGGCAAUGUGCUGGGUAUAGAGGCUGUUCUUCCAGAUGGGACAAUUAUCGAUGACCUGUCGACGUUGCGGAAGAAUAAUACAGGUUAUGAUCUGAAGCACCUUUUCAUUGGUGCGGAGGGGACCAUCGGUAUGAUCACUGGUAUUUCUAUUAUCUGUCCACAACGCCCCAAGGCCAUUAAUGUAGCUUUCUUUGGCAUUGAGAGCUAUGAACAAGCCUUAAAAGCUUUUUUGGAAGCCAAGGGCCAUUUGUCGGAAAUCCUGUCUGCCUUCGAAUUGAUGGAUGGGCGCAGCCAGGACAUGGUACACAAGGUGACCGGAUUGAAGAAGCCGCUGGACAGGUCAUAUCCGUUCUACUGCCUUAUAGAAACGAGCGGUUCUAAUGGAGAGCACGACAACGAGAAACUUGAGGGCUUUUUGGAACAUGUCAUGAGCGAAUCUAUCGUGGCAGAUGGCGUGUUGGCUCAGGACGAAACACAAGCGCAGACGUUAUGGCGAUGGCGGGAAGGUAUCACAGAAGCGUUGAGCCACCUGGGUGGAACAUAUAAGUAUGAUGUCUCCAUACCGUUAGCGGAGCUCUAUCAACUAGUUGAUGACACACGAGACCGAUUGACGGAGGCUGGACUCGUCGGAGAUGACGAGAGCUACCCGGUCCGUGAAGUACUGGGAUACGGACAUAUGGGUGAUUCAAACCUGCAUCUCAACGUCGCGGUCCGGGAGUAUAACAAGGAUGUCGAGAAGAUGAUUGAGCCGUGGGUAUACGAGUGGAUUGCCAAACAGAAUGGGAGUAUCAGUGCAGAACAUGGUCUGGGCAUUGCAAAGAAGGAAUUCAUCGGUUACAGCAAAAGUGAGACGAUGAUGAGGCUGAUGGCUCAGCUAAAGAAACUUUACGACCCUAACGGCAUCAUGAAUCCAUACAAGUACAUAUAACCCGUUGAUUGAAUUCCACUACCGAUUUCCGAAUUCAUUUCGUCUCCUUAACGGCUAGAUAUCCUUGAGAUGCCGGAUUGUUACAUCUUUGUACCAGCCGCAUCACAAAUGGCAUCUUGGGUAGUUGGUGUGUAAGGCGACAGAAGGCAGAUGGAGAUGUCAAAGUCUGUCUGGAAUUAUUAUUAGUUUUGAAUAGAUUUUGGUUUUGAUGUGCUGGAUAUCUGGAUGUUGAUAUUUUGCUUCUAUACAUUUACUCAAUUUAUAAUCCGUGCUCCGAUCGAUGCCUGGCGAGAAAUGUUUGAAUCCACGUAAUCAGCGCGGUACAGUAAUGUAAUCAACCACUUAACGCUCAUUUCCACCUAACGCUCACCUUUGUAAUCAAUUACAAUCAACUUCAAAUGGUAAUAUCUCAAUGAAUAUUCAUUA